GCCGAGCCCGGAGCCAUGGAGGGGCCCGGCCAGGAGGCCUACGAGGAGGGCAUGAGGAGGACCCUCGACCCUGAGGGCUACGAGGAUCCCAGCCUAAAGGACUCCCGCCUGUCACUGGGGGAGAUGAGCACUGAGUCAGUGACCGAUGUGGACCCGGAGGCGUCGGGGAGCAGGAGGCUCCUGUCCCAGCGGGACACCCAUGAGGGCUACGUGGAGCUCCACGAGCUGGUCAUGGACAGCUCGAAGGACUUGUGCUGGAUGGAGGCCGGCCACUGGCUCAAGCUGGAGGAGGAUUUCCAGGAAUCGGGGCAGUGGAGCCAGCCCCAUCUCUCCUUCCUGACCUACCGCACCCUGGAGAUCCGACGGGCUUUGAACAAAGGUGCCAUUCUCCUUGAUGUGGCAGCCAACUCAAUGGCAGCCAUCGUCAACGUCCUCAUCGACCAGAUGAUCUACGAGGGGCAGUGGAAGCCACAGGGGGAGGACAUCCUGAGGACGCUGCUCUUGCGGCACAGCCACCCCAGUGAGGGGGAGUCGGUGUGGACGCUGCCGCCGGCGCUGCUGCAGCGCUCGGGCACCGCCGGGACGAUGGAGCAGCAGCCACUGAUGAGGGAACAGCAGCCCAUGGAGAUGAGCAAGCUGUCAGGGACUGAGCAGAGUGGGGCCUCCAAACCCCAGCUCCCAGAGAAGAUCCCUGAGGAUGCCGAGGCCACCUUGGUCCUCGUGGGUGAGCGUGCAGCCUUCCUGGAGCAGCCAACGCUGGCCUUUGUGCGCCUGAAGGACGCGGUGACACUGGACGGUGUCCUGGACGUGUCCCUCCCCGUCCGCUUCCUCUUCGUGGUGCUGGGCCCCGACAGCCCCAACAUCAGCUACCACGAGAUCGGCCGCGCCAUCGCCACCAUGAUGUCCGAGAGGGUGUUUCGCCGGGAUGCCUACCUGGCCGAGGGCCGGCAGGACCUGGUGCGGGCGGUGGAGGAGUUCCUGGAGGCCAGCAUUGUCCUGCCUCCCACCGAGACCCCCAACGAGCAGCUGCUCCGCGCCCUGGUCCCGCUGCAGCGCGAACUCCUCCGCCGCCGCUACCAAGCCCCCGAGAAACCGCCCAGCGAGGGCUUCCUGAAAGACCUGGGUAUGUCAGGGACCACCCGGACCCCCCCUCCGAAAUCCCCUGUCCCCGUGGCGGGCGGGACACCCCCCGUGCACACGGGGUCCCCCCUGACCACCCGAUGUGUCCCCAGGGCUGGACGCGCCGGCGGCGAGGACGACGACCCCCUGCGCAGGACGGGGCGGCCCUUUGGGGUGGUGCGGGACAUCUGCAGCCGGUACCCCAAAUAUCUCAGCGACAAGGACGCCCUCAGCCCCCAGUGCCUGGGUGUCAUCUUCAUCUACUUCGCGGCGCUGUCACCUGCUGUCACCUUCGGGGGCUUGCUGGGUGAGAAGACCAAGGGCAUGAUGGGGGUGUCGGAGCUGCUCAUCUCCACCUGCGUGCAGUGUGUGCUCUUCAGCCUCCUCAGUGCCCAGCCCCUCCUUGUCGUUGGAUUCUCAGGACCCCUCCUUGUCUUCGAGGAAGCCUUCUAUGGGUUCUGCAGCAGCAAUGACUUGGAAUACAUCGUGGGCCGGGUCUGGAUUGGCUUCUGGAUGAUCCUGCUGGUGCUGGUGGUGGUGGCCUGAGGCAGUUUCCUGGUGCGCUUCCUGUCCCGCUACACCCAGGAGAUCUUCUCCUUCCUCAUCUCCCUCAUUUUCAUCUUCGAGACCUUCUCCAAGCUGGUCACGGUGAGGGGCACGGGGGAUUUUCAAGCAACACCCCUGAAGCGGGAGUACAGCGUGAAGGCUGACUUUGACCCCUCGGAGCCAGAGCCCAACACGGCCCUGCUGUCCCUCAUCCUCAUGGCUGGCACCUUCUUCCUGGCCUUCUUCCUCCGCAAGUUCAAGAACAGCGCCUUCCUGCCAGGCAAGGUCCGGCGCUUGAUCGGAGACUUUGGGGUGCCCAUUUCCAUCUUCAUCAUGGCCCUGGCCGACUUCUUCAUCAAGGACACGUACACACAGAAACUGAGCGUCCCUAAGGGGCUGGAGGUCACCAACUCGACCGCCCGGGGCUGGUUCAUCAACCCCAUGGGGCUGCACGAAAAAUUCCCCAUCUGGAUGAUGUUCGCCUCCGUGGUGCCCGCCCUCCUGGUCUUCAUCCUCAUCUUCCUCGAGACGCAGAUCACCACCCUCAUCGUCAGCAAGCCCGAGAGGAAGCUGGUGAAGGGCAGCGGCUUCCACCUGGACCUGCUGCUGAUCGUGGCCAUGGGGGGGCUGGCGGCCCUUUUUGGGAUGCCCUGGCUCAGUGCCACCACCGUGCGCACCAUCACCCACGCCAACGCCCUCACCGUCAUGAGCAAGGCCUCCUCUCCCGGAGAGAAAUCCCAGAUCCUGGAGGUCAAGGAGCAGCGCAUCAGCAGCUUGUUGGUGGCCGUGCUCAUCGGCGUCUCCAUCCUCAUGGAGCCCAUCCUGAAGUACAUCCCGCUGGCCGUGCUCUUCGGCAUCUUCCUCUACAUGGGGGUCACCUCCCUCUUUGGCAUCCAGCUCUUCGACCGCAUCCUGCUCCUGCUGAUGCCCCCCAAGUACCACCCUGACGAGCCCUAUGUCACCAGGGUGAAGACUUGGCGAAUGCACCUCUUCACCUUCACCCAGAUCAUUGUCCUUGUGCUGCUGUGGGUGGUGAAGUCCACCCCGGCCUCGCUGGCACUGCCCUUCGUCCUCAUCCUCACCGUGCCCCUGCGGCGCUUCCUGCUCCCCAAGAUCUUCCGGGACAUCGAGCUCAAAUGUCUGGACGCGGAUGAUGCCGUGGUGACCUUCGAGGAGGAGGAGGGGACAGACGUGUACAACGAGGUGCAGAUGCCCAGUUAAGGGCCGGACCCCCCGGCCCCCCAACGCCCCCCCAGCCCCCCCACCCGCUUCUAUGACCACUGCUGCCACCCCGGGGCCGCUGGGUGACGGAGGAGGAUUUGGGGACACUGUCCCCACCUGCACGCCCCGGGAAUGGAAUUAUUUUUUUGUUGUUUUUCCCUUUUUUUUGGUCUAUUUUUAACAAUAUUUUGGAUGGUGUGAUCUCACCCACACUCUGCUGCCCGCUGGGGAAGGGGCUGCCCCGGCUCGGGGGGUUCCACGAGCCACCCCCACCCCGUGGCAAGGUGGGAUGUGUCACCAUCCCCUCCCCGAGGCCACCAGCGGGCACUGGGCAUGGGAAGGAGCUGGAGGAAGCUCCCAGCCCGCGGGGACACCCCCAGCCUGGCCCCUCUUCCCCAGAUGAACAUUCCAGCGAGCUGGGAAAGACCCUUCACCCCACGGAGCCCCUUCUCCCAUUUCCUCUGUUUGCUCCAGUGGGAUCAUCCCAGCUGCUCCGCUGCACUUCCAGCACCUCCCAGAGUUGGGAUGUAAAUAGUCCAGUGAGGGAGUUUAUAUAUUUAGAACAAAAAUAAUCAUGCUAAAAACAGCCAAAAAAAUUACUUAUAAUUAUGCCGAUGCUUCUGCAGGUAGGAUUCGCUCAUAGCCAAGCAAAA